AUGGCUAAUCGCGGGACAGGUGAUGAUGGACGAGGUCGGAUAUGGGGAGAGGGUAUGGAUUGGACAGGCGGAGGAUUGUCAGAUCAGGAUAAUGGAAAUGGCAUUAGUGAGAUGUUUGGACACGAUAGGAGCCCUCUGCAGAGAACAAGAUCUUUUCCUGUUUACGGUAACAGGACUAGAGUGAGAGAUGACAGUUUGGCGAGUAUUGGCCCAAGUCAUAAUUGGGACCAGAGACAUCAACAUGAUCAAUCCGCUCAAUCAAACCCAAGGCCAGAUCAGAACCGUGCCACCGAAAGACCACAAGAUCAUGGAACCGAAAACACCUUGAAGCUUUUACAUGACGUGAUGACCGAGGCACUUGGUAACCAAGGCAGGCGUACUCAACCCCCUGAAGUUUCCAAGCUAUUAUCUACCAUGAAGAACAUUGGAUCCUACAAGUUCAAAGGAGGAUCCGAUCCUAUUGAGGCCGACAAGUGGAUUACUAUGAUGGAGAAGAAUUUUGAAGCCAUGGAGUGCCCGGAGGAGUAUAAGAAGAAGAUCGCUGUGUACUACUUGGAAGGCGACGCCACAGGAUGGUGGGACAGCAUAGACAGACAGCGUGGACACAACAUCACAUCAUGGGAGUCGUUCAAGGGAGAGUUUGAGAGGAAAUACUUUCCUCCAGAAGCAAAGCAUCGAUUGGAGCGCCAGUUCAUGAACCUUGUUCAAGGAGAUAGGCCAGUGAGGAGUUACGAAUCUGAGUUCACAAGGUUGAGGCGACAUGUCUUUGAUGGGCGUGAAGAUGAAGCAACUAUGAUCCGUAACUUUAUGUACGGAUUGAAGCCGGAGCUUGGAAGUCGUUUAGCUGGAAGCAACUUUAGCAGCUUAUCUGAGCUAGUGGAAAAAGCUGUUAAUGUUGAAACUGUAUUGGAGGCUGAAAGGAAGACCUUACCACAUUCUGGUGGACACACCAAGUUUAGCCAAGGAGAAAGGCCAAAUUUCAACAAGGGUCCAAGAUCUUACAAAGGAAAAGGGCGAGGAUUUGGAGGCCAAGCCAACAAUCGUGGUAACACUGUGGUGUGUUACAUAUGUGAUCAACCGGGACAUAUUUCUAAGUUUUGUCCCAACAGACAACGGAGUAACCAGCAGGGUUAUUCAUCUUUAAGGAUGGAAGAUGUUACUUGUUUCUCUUGCGGAACCAUACAUGUUGCUGGAUAG